AUAAUAAAAAAAAAAAAAAAGAUUUGCAUAUCUCUGAGGAGAAGCACAAAAAAGUCCAAAGCACGUUAAGACUCAAAAAACGAGAAACGAAGGUAGAGGAAGAAGAAGAAGAAGCUUCAUUGUUAAAGAAGCGGCAUGGCAAGAGUCAACGAGUCAAACUCGGGUUCCGAUGUACUGAGUCUUGAAUCGAUCAGGGAAUCGUUGAUUAGGCAAGAAGACACCAUAGUAUUCAGCUUGAUCGAAAGAUCUCAGUUUCCCCUGAAUUCUCCUGCUUUCGAGGAUUCUGGGAAUUUAUCUUCUUCUCUGACCGAGUUUUUCGUCAGAGAGAUUGAAGUCCUCCAAGCUAAGGUAGGAAGAUAUGAAAACCCGGAAGAGAAUCCUUUCUUCCUUGAAUACAUUCCUCACUCGGUCUUUCCUACUCACAAAUAUCCAACGGUUUUGCAUCCUAAGGCUUUAUCGGUUAACAUAAACAAACGCAUUUGGGAUGUUUACUUUAAAGAAGUGCUUCCUUUGUUCGUCAAACCAGGCGAUGAUGGCAACUAUCCAUCAACCGCUGCUAGUGAUCUCGCCUGUUUACAAGCUCUUUCAAGAAGGAUUCACUACGGUAAAUUUGUAGCUGAGGUCAAAUUCAGAGAUGCUCCACAAGAUUACGAGCCUGCUAUUCGUGCUAAGGAUACAGAGGCGUUGAUGAAGCUUUUAACGUUUGAGAAAGUAGAAGAAAUGGUUAAGAAGAGAGUCCAGAAGAAAGCAGAAACGUUUGGACAAGAAGUGAAGUGCAUCUCUUCUGACUCAAGUGAUGAGAGUGAGAAGAAGUAUAAAGUAGAUCCAUUGGUUGUUUCUCGCAUCUAUGGCGAAUGGCUUAUCCCUCUCACUAAGCUCGUUGAGGUUGAGUACCUUCUACGUCGUCUCGAUUGAAUCUACCAGUAAAAAGCAAAUCUCAUGAGUUCCCCAUUGUAAAACAGUAAAAAGCCAAGUGAAAAAUAAGGAAAAUUACAUGAGUCAAUUGUAAAACAGUAAAACGCUAAUAAACGCUAAGGAAGCCAAGUAAAAUAAUUUUCAUUUGUAUCAAAUUCUGGCCUUGUUAAAGUGGGCCUGGACUUAAAGUUGAUGAGUGGGCCUAUUGAUA